AUGGACGAGCUCGUCAAGUCGAUAGACGCGCUCUCCAGGGAGCAGCUCACUCUGCUGGUGACAUCACUGGGGCUCUCCCGCGCCCGCGUGCCGGUCCUGCUGCCGGGCGCGGCGGUGGCCAGCCUGCCCCUGGCGCCCACCGUCUCGGAGGAGGACAGACGGGUGGUGGAGAACCUGGUCAAGAUCGUCAACUUCCUUACGAAGGGCGGCGACGGCAGCAACGGCAGCAGCAGCAACGGCAGCAGCGGCGCCGGCGCGGGCCGGCCGUUUGGCGCGGGCGGCGGCGAGGUGGUGGCGGAGCUGCUGCCCUACCUGCCUGCGGUGGCGAGAGAGGUCCUGCCGCAGCUGGGGACGCAGCUGGUCGGCAGGAUCUCUGCGCGCUUCGUGAGGGAGCUGUUUGUGCCGGCGCCGGCGCGGCGGUGA